AUGUCACAACCGGAAGCCGCGCUCAACAAGGCGUAUUCACUGGCCAAGUCGGCGCAAACGGCCGUCGCCAACAAAGACUAUGGUAAGGCGAUAGAGAAACACAAGGAGGCCGCUUCUCAGCUGCUACAGGCCAAGAAACUGUCCUCCAACGCGUCGGUUCAACGGGCGCUCGAUACCAUGUAUGCGCACCAUCUUGGCGAGUCGUCUAAACUCGAGGGCCUUGAGAAUUCACGGUUAUCGCGAAUUGCAAGAAUCGAUGAGGAGGAAGCAGAAGAGUUGGAGCAGCAACAGCAACAGCAACAGCAACAGCAACAGCAACAGCAACCGGCGCUGGUGACAGGAGAGGUGUCGCGUGCGGACAUGGAUUUCGCCCAGAUCAUCGACCGGUUUGUCAAUCUAUCCAUCUCCAUGAACAAUCAACAGGAGUUUGAAUUCGACGCGCCCAUGUCGGAGACGGAGGACUUGCAACAGACGGUAUCGCGUCUGAAAGUGCAUGUCAAAGCGCUGGAGCGGAAUGCCCAGAUGCGUUCCACGUCGUUGCAGAGUCUCGGUACCAAGCUACGGACGGAGCUGACGGAGCAUAACGAGGCGACGAUGAGAGAUCUGCGGGCUGAAAACGCCCAGUUGCGGGCCGAGAACGAAAAACUCAACGCCCAGAUGACAAAAAUGAAAUCCAAGUGGGACUCUCUUGUUCAGAAUGCCUUGAACAAGCGUAAGGAGAGGGGGUAG